CAUUGUUCGGUUUGUUUAUUGAGUUCUUAUACAUAAAAUACUCCCCACAUAAAAUAUUUUGUCUACCAAUAUUGUCGUUUGUGAUGUUAAGUGAAGACCGAGAUAAUUAUGAAGAGAUAUGGUUAAAAGGAACAAUUUUCAUAGACUAGACUGGAAAUGAGGACGCCAUAUAUUUUGAUAAUAUAUUUCAGUAUCGUAAACAACAAGGCAUUGAAUAUUAGUUCGGAUGCAUCAAAUAACACCACUAAUGACGAACUUGAGGAGGAGAUUACACCACAUAUCAGGCACAGAGAGGGCAAGAAACCAAAGGAUAAUAACAGUAGGUUCUAUGAUUUGAAUUUGAGGUACUGCCAAAGACCUGCGACUUGUCAAGCUUUAAACUAUAGUACUUGUAUGGGGGCCAAGUUACCUUACCGUAGCACUACCUUAGAAUUAACAGACCUCAAAUCGCAAUGGGAAAUACAAGAAAAACUAUCCCUCUACGAAUACCUGCAUUUUGUACCUAAAUGUUGGGCAGUAAUUCAACCUUUUUUAUGUGCGUUGUACAUGCCCAAAUGCGAUAAUAACACGGUAGAUUUACCCUCUAAAGAGAUGUGCAAAAUUACAUUGGAACCCUGCAAGAUUUUGUACAACAGUUCCUUAUUUCCCGAAUUUUUAAAUUGUGAUGAUAAGCGGUUGUUCCCUCCCAAGUGUAAAAAUGAUAUCCAUGACAUGAAGUUCAAUAUCACAGGGUUCUGUAUGGAUCCGUUGGUUAAAACCGAUAAGCCAGAGUGGUGGUACCCCGACAUAGAAGGCUGCGGAUUGAAAUGUAAAGAUUCACUUUACACCGAAAGAGAACAUCGCCAAAUCCAGAAGCUUAUGGCGUACUGUAUACUGUUGUGUAUAUUUUUGAACAUGUUCACUAUCCUGACGUUUGUGAUCGACUGGAAAACCGCAAACAAAUAUCCGGCACUGGCCAUAUUUUAUGUCAACGUAUGUUUUUGUAUAUCGUACGGCGGUUGGUUGGUGCAGUUCUUGGGGACAGAGACCAGAGAGGAUAUCGUGUGCAAGAAAGAUGGUACGUUGAGGAAGUCUGAACCGAGUGCUAGCGAAAACUUGUCUUGUGUCAUCGUCUUUGUAAUGGUUUAUUAUUUUAUAAUCGCAGGAAUGGUGUGGUUUGUUAUUUUUAGUUACGCCUGGCAUAUGAGUUCGUUACAAGCGUUAGGUAAAAUCCAAGAACGUGUGGACAAAAAACGAGCAUAUUUCCACCUCGUCGCUUGGAGUUUACCUCUGAUGUUAACUAUUACGACGAUGGCAAUAGGAGAGAUAGAUGGAGACUACGUAACGGGUAUUUGUUUUGUGGGAUAUGUUAACAUGGCUGCCAGGAUAGGGUUGCUACUUUGUCCACUAGCAGCUACGAUGAUUGUCUCAGGAUACAUAAUCGUACGAGGUCUUAUACUUUUGGUUAAAGUGAGAAUAGACAGUCGCGAGGUUAUAUCGGAGCACUCUAGCAGGAAAAUUAGGUCGAAUAUUGUGAGAAUGGGCGUUUUUACCAUAUUUAUGGUGGUGUUUUGUGCGAUUACGUUUUUUUAUCAUAAUUACAUUGCCGUUAACUCGAAGCACUGGAGCGCAAGUCUACAGAGUUACAUUUUAUGUAAACUGAACAGUCGCCGAUUAGGUUCGGACUCGUCGCAUUGCAAACAGGAAGCACGACCUAGUGUGUCCAUGCUGCAGUUACAGCUGUUGGCAGUGUUCGGAACGGGCGUGGCGAUGGCCUCCUGGGUGUGGUGUGACGCAACGCUCCAUUCUUGGGGACGAUACAUAAGGAGAAAAUUUCACUGCGAAGUAGAAGAACCGAUGAAACUCCAAAAGCACAAGAUAAUAGCCCAGGCGUUCGCUAAACGGAAGAAGUUCAACGAGGGCGGCCGCAUCUCCAUCCUGUGCCAGAACCAUACGGAUCCCGUGGGCCUGAACUUUGAACUCAACAGCGCUGCCAGCAACGAACUCAGCACCACGUGGGCGGCCAACCUGCCGCGUCUCGUGAACCGCCGUGGCGCCGUCCCCAACGAAGUGGCCUAUUCCAUGUCCAGUAACAAUCACUCGAUAGACAGCGAGGUCAGCCUGAACGUGAGGCACGUUAGCAUCGAGAGCCGCAGGAAUUCGGGCGACAGCCAGCUUUCCGUGCAAAUCGCGGAACUGAAAGCGACCCGCAAGGUGAACAGCAGGAAACACAGGAAUCGACACAAACACAACUUCAGGAGCAAUUCGAGGAACAUCGGGCACUCCUCGAGGAGGUUGUCCAAGAGCGGUGCAAAACGGGAGAGCAGCACCAGCCUGGACUCUCACCUCCAGCUCAUAAACGCCCUGACCAACACGGGGGACGUGAAGAACUUUGGGCCGAACUUGAACCGUCGUUCGGGUAACGCGGGGCUAGACGGCCAGCACAUCAACAACCUCCUGUCCAACGGCAAGCUGGUUAUACCCUACGGCAGGAACAAUUUCAAGAGCGGCAGCGAAGACGAGAACGUUUCGGUGACGAUUUCCGAGAGCACGUUCAACAUGAAGCUCAGCAACCCCCAGAACAUGGACCUGAACGAUCAGUUGGUCAUGAGAUCGCUGCGACAGGGCCUCCACAUCGCGGAACUCAACACCACCUCCGACACCGACAACACCGAGAAACUUAACAAGGACUACGGGCAGGAGAAACGAUCCGGCUCGCACUCGAGCAAGAGAUCAAGGCGUUCCAGGCGGUCCCGGAAGAAAUACAGCGGCAAUUCGGAGAGCGGCAGCUCGUCCUGCCCGGAGAUCAAGCAGCUGGUGCAGAGCUCGCUGAAUUCGGGCGUUUCGGUGGGGUGCGAGAAGAGCCGCGGCUCGAGGCAGUCGAAGACGUCCAUCGACGUGGCCGUCCAGGCGGACGCGCAGGACAUCGUCACGCAGACGGCGGCGUUCGACCUCGAGCUGAGGAACCUGAACAAGACUGAGGAGGAGAAGCACAAGACCAAGCAGGCCAAGACGAAGGAGAACAAGAAGUACCGGCGGGCCAGCAGAUACUGUGAUAUCGACAACGACCAAAGGGUGAAGAGGUACGGGAAUGCGGGCAGCUCGGAGGAGAGGCGGUCGCUGUGUCGGGACUCGAAUAAGAAGUGUUCGGAUCUGAGCGACGAGGAGAGCCUCCUGAAGGACAGGUUUAAGGUAAACGUUAGGAAGUCUAAGGAGAUUAUGUGAUUACGUGCGAAAGGCGAAGGGUAAACCUCGGUUGUAAUUUUGUACACUAGAAUUGGUCUACUCGAGCGAAUUCGCCGGAUUUCCUCUGUUAAGGAGUGAAACCAUAUUGGGAGAUCGAUUUUCAGACGUUUUUUAUUCAUUUUUUUGAGUGGGACAAAUCGAUUAGAAUUUGAUCAAACUUUGAAUAUUUUGAACUACAUUUACAAAUUUUUUCAACUCGUUUGUGUUGAAAAUGCCGAAGUUAUGGGCACGUUAUGGGUCAUGUUGUCCACCGAAGGUCAUCGUUCGAGUUGGUUGUUCACGGGAAACGUGGGGGUCGCAAUUUUGAUUUGAAAGCAAAAUGGUCGUUUUCCUACAUUAUUAACAUGUUUUCUAAAAAUAUGAACCUCAUUGCGGGUAAAAAUUGUGAAAAUUGAAGUUUUGACACGUGUU